CAGUGCUCAUAAACAUACGGAUCACACAGCCAAGCACAUUUAAAGCAAACUUUCGGUAGCAUUUAAAUAACACUCAAAAUUUUGAAUUACCAAAUUUCGAAACAAAAUCCAAAUCUAGAGAUGGCGAACGAGAUUUCCUACUGGAACGGCCAGCCGGUGAAUUCGCCCAUCUUUCCGCAGAUGGGCGAUGCCAUGAGCGCCAAUGCGACCGCCUUCGUCGACGGCCAGUGGAGCAGAGCGGCAUCGUCCUGCGGCCAAAGGACUCAACCGAUGUCGCAGGCAAUGGGCGACUUCCGGCCAAUGAGCUGUGCUCCAAUGCCCGCCAGCUACUUUGGCCAGCCGCAGGUUCCGCGUUCUGGAUUUGGAGAGGAUCAGGGACCCUGCGAGCCCUGCAUCGACAAUGGAGAGGCCUUCUGCGCCUACAAUGGACUGGACAUGGGCUGUCGCGGCGGUGAUAAGGGCGACUUCUGGUAGGAAAUCUGGUGUCCCAUCCAAGAGCAUCCAAGUUGUUGGUGGAUUAUAUAUCAUAUUGCGGUCUUUGCUAGCAAAAAACCCUUCUUUUUGAAAUACUGUCUAAUAAUGUCUAAUUUAAAAGAGAUUUCUUUAGAAAUAUUACGGAUAAAACACCUCGCAAGCUGUUAAUUAUAGCUUUUACAGGAAUGCUCUUUCCAGCAUUAGCUAUGGAAUACAAA